GCAGCUGCCGCCGGCAUCUCGGGGGCUCCAGGCUGCCGGGCGGACGCAGCGCCGAACGAUCCACAGCCGAACCGCGCGAGGCCGCCCGAGCCCCGGCCCCGAACCCUGAGACCCGAGCGAGAGCAGCCGCGGCCGCCGCCUCGCGCCCCCGGGUCCCUGGACACGCCGCCGCCGCCAGGAAGGCAGCCGGCGCCCAGCAAGUUGCGAGCGCGCCUCUCCGCCCGGGGAAAGUUUCCCUCGCGGCCGCUGGCAGGAGUUGGCGCGGGGUCCAGCCGCUGGCUCUGGAAGAGCUUAUCUGGAAGCCACCACAGAAAGAGACCUCAAGAGAGUCUUGACACCCCCGAAAGGAAAAGACACCAGUUGAAAGAGGUGGACACCCUCCGGGACAGUCCCAAGCUUCCAGUGGCAAGAGCUUCUGACUCUGUCCCCAGAGCAAGUUGAACUCUUUGAAUUUGGCUCCUAGAAACGUGGGCACAUACCUUUUCCAGACCUCCCAACGCUGGCCACCCAGGACAAGCUGGGCCAAUAAAAGAAAUAUACAGGAGCCCCUCUGACCAGGAGACUCCGUCCUGCUGACGCCUAAAGAACUGCCCAGGUGGAGCACCAUGGAAGGCGACUGUCUGAGCUGCAUGAAGUAUCUGAUGUUUGUUUUCAAUUUCUUCAUAUUUCUGGGUGGGGCCUGCCUGCUAGGCAUCGGCAUCUGGGUCAUGGUGGACCCCACCGGCUUCCGGGAGAUUGUGGCUGCCAACCCCCUGCUCAUCACGGGUGCCUACAUCCUCCUGGCCAUGGGAGGCCUGCUUUUCCUGCUCGGCUUCCUGGGCUGCUGUGGGGCCGUCCGCGAGAACAAGUGUCUGCUGCUGUUUUUCUUCCUGUUCAUCCUGAUCAUCUUCUUGGCAGAGCUGUCGGCGGCCAUCCUGGCCUUUAUCUUCAGGGAAAAUCUCACCCGCGAAUUCUUCACCAAGGAGCUCACCAAGCACUACCAGGGCAACAAUGACACAGAUGUCUUCUCUGCCACCUGGAACUCGGUCAUGAUCACAUUUGGUUGCUGUGGGGUCAACGGGCCUGAAGACUUUAAGUUUGCAUCAGUUUUUCGACUCCUGACUUUGGACAGUGAUGAGGUGCCGGAGGCCUGCUGCCGAAGAGAACCCCAGACUCGGGACGGGGUCCUGCUGAGCAGGGAGGAAUGUCUCCUGGGAAGGGACCUGUUCCUGAACAAGCAGGUACCAGGCCCUGCUCCUCCAGGCAGGGGGAUACGGGUGGCCAGAGCUGAGCGGGUGGCGAUGUCGGCCCAGAGCCCUGGAGGCAUUCUGGAAUCCCGUGGGAAUGCUGGCCGUGAUAUGGGACUGAAUGGGGCUGAUGAAACUCCAUCCAGGCCCCUGAGAUCCAACCAAAGUGGGGCAAAGGUAAGGGUGGCAGGAAGUCCAGCAAUGGCAUAGGCCAGAGAAGUGGGCAUUUUGGCUGGGGUUAAAGGGUGAGUAGGAGUUUUCCAGCGUUCCAAGCAGAACACUCCUUGAGCUUCUGAUAAUGCAGGUUGAGAGCCAGAACCAGGAUUACACAGUGAGGGCCCCUCCUCAGUCAUGCAUUCUACUUUGGGGGAAGCUCGCAUUUGCCAUGUAGGGGCACCUCCUGGCCCCAAAGGGAGCAAGGUGUCCCUGACCUUACUCUCCAAGGUCAGGGAAGCUCCUAGACUUCUUUGCUUCUCCUACAACCCAAGGACUUCAUCUAAGUCUCGGGAAAAACCCUUUCCCCUCCUGCAUGUGCCACCUCUGGGGAGACACAAGGGCCCCCACUGACCAGCUCCCCACCCCUCAAGUGGGUGUGAGACCAGGCUAGGUGGGGAGAAAGGGGAAAACGAGGGUGGACUGAGCCUGAACCUCACUUGAUUAGGCCUUUAAUGAGGAUCUCAUGGGGAAGUUCCAGGUGCAGGGAACCUCUCAGGGGACAGGGGACAAGGCCCCUGUGCCUGUGGGGCUCACAGUCUAGUUAGAAGAAGCAGAUGAUAAACAAGCCGCAAACAAACAAAAAGCGAGCAUUUCAUGUGGCAACAAUUACUACGAAGGAAGUAAAACCAGAUGACAGGCGAGGAGGGACCAGGGUUGGGGGCUCAAGGCAGGCCUCUUAGAGUCCAGGGAAGGGGACAGUUGAGUGAGUCCUGAUCCCGGCCAUCUGGUGAGGCUCUUUGUAGCCUCAGCUUUGCCCCAUGAACUCAGCACCCCCGUCCCUUGUACCUGCCCACAUCACGGCAAAGAGCUCAUGAGGUCCCAAGAGCCAUGAUCCUCUGCCCCUCACGGCCCUGCCCUCCUGCACUGGGGGAAAGAGACAAAGAAACGAGGGUCCUGGCAUCAGGCCACCCUGGGGGUGGGGGGGUCUCUGAUGUGAGGAGAGGCUGCAGGACAUGGGGGGAGUUUCAGGCUGUGGUGUCAGCCUGGUCUGGGCUGGUAGCCAUUGUGUCACCUUGGCCAGGCCACAACUCUUUGGACCUCAGAUCCCUUGCACGGUGAUAGAGAUUGCUGGCUGCCCCCAUGCUCCAUUCAGCCCUUCCUCCUUGGGAAAAGGGGCUUUAUAGGACCCCCUGACCACCAGGUAAAGGCGGUCCCUUCCGUCCUCCCUUGCAGCUAGGCCGUAUGACCAAGUUCUAGCCAAAGGGAGGUGAGUAGAGGCGAUGUGUGCAACUGAGUCACAUCCUUAAGAGAAAGCAUUGUGCCCGCCCCUCCUCCUGUCCCCCUGGCUGGGAUGCAGCUGUGGUGACAGCCAUUUCGGGCCUUGCAGAGGAGGGUGGCCCCUAGGAUGUCAGAACAACAAGAGAGGAAGAGCCUGGACUGCUGACAACUCCAUGGAGCAGAGCGGCCACCAUGGCUCAGGAUUUGACAUGAAAGACAAAUGAACUUCUAACUUGUUUAAGGAGCUGCUGCUAGGAAUGCCUGGUGCCCAGAGCCCAGCCUGUAUCCUAAGGUCACUUGUGAGUUGUUCCAGCAGGCUGUUCAUGGGCCCUGGACCUUUAGGGCUUCCCUUGACACGCUUCCCGUUUCUGAUCCAUCCUCUGUGGUGAUGCCUCUUUGCGCCUCCUGGGUGUAGCUUUUCCAAUGGCACUUACCAGAGAGGUCCCUAAGCAGCGACACUAGUUAUUCACACUGACUGUUCCGCGGCUCCCCGUGAGUGUUACUGAGAUUGGCUCCUGGGACUCCUUUUCUGAGACACUCACAUCCCUCCUGAGCAUUCUUCCCUUUAAAAGCUUCUGCCGAGGAAGUAUGUUUGUGUUUUUCUCCAAAGCCCACUUCCCUAAAGCUCAGGAUGCAUUUCUCACUUGGCCUGACAUCCCAUCAUAGUCUUGUCAGUGAGCAACACAUUUGACUGGAAGUAACUGAAAUCCCAACUAAAGGGGCUUAUGCAGACACCUUUGUGUUUCACAUACACAUGGCAAGAAUUCUGGAAGAUGCUGGGUUCUCACAUUGUAUCAGCGGCUCCAUCAUGUUGUUCAAGGCCUGGUCUCUGAUCUUUGUGGGCUUUUCUUGUGCUUACCAUUUCAUGGUGGCAAAACGGCUGCCAUGACUCCAGACAUCCCACCCAUGUUCCAGGCAGGAAGAAGUGGAAAGGGUGGCACCAGCCUCUUUCCCAUAAAUGCUCAGCAGGCUUCUGCUUAGGUCUUGCUGGCUUGGACUUGGUCACAUGGCCAUCAGGAGCCAAAGCAGAGGACACUUGUCUAUGGGUGUUGAGUUAGUCCACCAGCCCUGUUUACCAUUGAGCUUCAAUGAAGAAAAAUUAGGAAAUCCUCCCCCCAAAAAAGGCAAUCUAUGAUGAAUACUUGGACUACGACAUUGAUAUAACUUGAACCUAUGUGGCAGCUUGUCCAUUUCAUUUCUCAGCCUUCCCUGGGUCAGGACAGUCAUCCAGGCAAGUCAGGAAUGUGUUUUUCUGCUGGAAACAAAUCAGGGGGUUCUCCCAGCAGAUGGUGAUCUUGACUCCAGGACAAUAUGGUGACCACUCAUAGAAACCCAUCCAUAUUCACCAUUUGUCUGGGGAAUCUUAAGCCUUCUUUCCCCACAGCACCGCUGUUUCUCUGCCUUAUCUUCACUGCUCCCCAUCUGCUUCCUGGUAGGUUAUGAGUGGGGGUAUUGCUCUGACUCUCCUUGAAACAAAGUACUACACCCCUAUCCUCCUGGCAAGGGAAAAGCAAUCCAGCCAGAGAGCGAGAACAGUAUGUGCAAAGGCCCUGGGGUGAGAGGAAGCAUGGUGUGUUUUAGGAGCCAAGAGGGGGCCAGUAGGGCUGGAGCACAGUGAAUAGGGCAAGACCAGCUCAAGGGCCAGUGGGCCCAUGAUGAGGACGCUGGAAAAGCAGUGGAAGCCCAUGCGUGCCACGUUCUACAUGGAGAGUAGUGGUGGGGGAGGGCGGCUGGCCAUGUUAGUGCUCUGGCUGCUCAGUGGCCAGGGAUUAGAGGUGGGCCUGAGUGGACAGGAGGGAUUUUUACACUGGUCCCAAUAAGAAAUAUGAUGGGUUAGACCAAGGUGAUGGCAGUAGAAAGGCAAAGAGGUGUAUGGAUCUGAGAAAUCACUCAGGAGACAAAAUCUACCAUCUCUGGUAGUAGGUUGACUUUGGAGAAGGGAUGAUGAAGAGGUGUUGAGGGUGACUCCAUAGGUUCUGGUUUGGAGGAAGGUCUCAAAUCUGGUUUGGAGCAUGUUACAUGUGAGGACUUUGGGACAUCCCAGCAGAGGUUCCCAGCGGACCAUCGGGCAUAUGGGGCUGGAGGUCGGGGAAAGGUCUUUGUGGUGGCACCCCUGGCCUAGCUGCCCUUUGUCAAAUUAAGUUGAGAGGGUAACUAUUUAGGAGCCUGGGAGCCGGGGCAGGGGUGUGGGGGACGUUCCCUUACUGCAGAAAGCAAGAACAGGCGCUGGCGAAGGCAGCAUGGUUAGGGAACCAGCAGUCUGUGGUGAGGCUGGGAGAGACGGCAGUGAGUGUCCACUGGGCAGGGUGGGUGGUAAGGGUGGGUAGUCAUCAGGAGCGGGAGGAAGUGAUCUCUACGGGUGCAGACGGGCUCCAGGCCCUAAGCCGGGGACCUGGCCUGGAUGAGCGAGAACCAAGCCUUCCUGCGGCCUGGUGCCCUUCCCCUCAGAACAGAGGGAAGAGCAUGAUCUUCUGGCAAUGAGACUCCAGCUUCCCUUCCUCCCUGUGCGUGACGUGACCUUCAUCACGUCCGGCUGUUCCUGCCCUCCUUUCCUCACAUACGGGGGGAGCAGAGCCCUCUUCCCCAAGAGCGGAAUGAGAACAGGCCCACACGGCCCAGCAAAGUUCCUGACAGGGCGGACACGCGCCAAAUGUUGGUGGCACCGUCCCGCCCAUUCCCCAGGCUCUCCCUGCCCCCUCCAAGCAUGUCUCAGUAUCUGGGGCCCCCAUUGGCCAGUCGGGUCUGCUUGGUUCAGACCAGGGAUGCAGAGAGUCUUUGGUGCCAGAGCCAGAUGGAGGGGAGAUGAGCAGUGAAGGCCUCAGGUACCCCGCCUUCAGCACAGGGAUGUCUUCCUUCUGCAGGUCAAGGUCCCUCCCCAGGUGAGGCAUGUCAAAGUCAACUUCAUGCUCAGGAAAGGAUUUACCCUUUCUCCUGCCCGCUUAUGUAUAAGGAUGUGUGUGGAGAGAGAACUGUCUUACAGUGACACCUGGAGACAUAGGGGGGUAACCCCACACACACAACUUUGUGCUCAGACACUUUCCACCAACCAGGAUGUGCCCGGAGGGGCACAGAGACAGGGAGGAUGGUCCUGCAGGCAUUGGAGCCUUGCUCCAUGCCAGCACUGCUGCCUGAGCUUUGGGGCCACAUGCCAGUUCCCCGGCUUCACAUGCCGAUCCUGACACUCGUCUGUUUCCCCCGACAAUCCCUCUGGCUGUGGCUUCACCUCUGGUUCUUCUC